CUUGUGGAGACUGGAAGAUGUAAUUUAUACAAUCCAGACAUCCUGCUUGUGCAUGGUCAUAGCGUGUACUUUGUAAAUCGCGACGGAAGAUCACCCACCUGGUGGUCAGUCUUCAGCCAUGUCUUUCAUCUUCGAGUGGCUCUACAACGGCUUCAGCAGCGUGCUGCAGUUUCUAGGUUUGUACAAAAAGUCUGGAAAACUUGUGUUCCUGGGCUUGGAUAACGCAGGCAAAACCACUCUGCUGCACAUGCUCAAAGAUGACAGGCUGGGUCAGCAUGUCCCGACGCUCCAUCCCACAUCAGAGGAGCUGACGAUUGCCGGAAUGACUUUUACGACUUUUGAUCUGGGUGGACACGAGCAAGCUCGCCGCGUCUGGAAGAACUACCUGCCGGCCAUCAACGGGAUCGUCUUCCUGGUGGACUGCGCCGACCACUCGCGUCUUAUGGAAUCCAAAGUUGAGCUUAACGCGCUAAUGACAGAUGAAACAAUAUCCAACGUGCCAAUCCUCAUCUUGGGUAACAAAAUCGACAGACCGGAGGCCAUCAGCGAGGAGAAACUGCGGGAGAUCUUUGGGCUCUACGGACAGACCACGGGAAAGGGGAACGUGCCGCUGAAGGACCUGAACGCGCGGCCCAUGGAGGUGUUCAUGUGCAGCGUGCUGAAGAGGCAAGGCUACGGCGAAGGCUUCCGCUGGCUAUCGCAGUACAUUGACUGACGCUCGGGCGGACCGAAAAAGAGUUUUACUCCCCCUGGACUUGAUCCUCUUCACCGCUCCCUACGGACUUUGCCACCAGAACACGGAAGGCUUUCCCCGCCGCGUUCCGGCGCUGACCAAGAGACUCCCGGAUUUCGGCUGCCCUAUCGCACAGUGGUGACACACGACUCUCUUCGGCGGCACCGCCUCCGCGCGCGGGUGCAAGGCGUCCCUCUCAGCUCGGUUACGGCGGGGCUGGUGGGGCCUGGGGAAGUAAAACGCUGCACGCUGCACUCUUUUGAACAGCUGAAAAAGAGAGCAGGUCUCACCACUGUGGCUAAUUGACUUAACAAAAAAAAAAAAAAAAAAAAGAAAAAAAAAAAAAAAGGAAAAAGCAAUUAUAUUUUUUAAAGAAAGUGUUAAUGUAAACAGUGUCCCUUCUAACUUUUUAGUUUAACGUUCAUCUUGUUUAGUCCGGAGUCUGGUUAGGGUUUUUUAAAAAUAUAUUUAACGGUAUUUAGAUAUUUCACAAAUUACUGAACCAAGGUAUCACGAUAUUAGAAGUCCUCAAUAAACAUAGCAUUUGGGCUUAACUGAGCUGUAGGGUGGCUGUGCUGUGUCACGGAGAGGGUGCCCUGGGGACCGAGGUGUGCAAUCUGACCUGCUUUUGGCUUACGGGGAUUUGUUUGGGGUUUUUUUGGUUUGUUGUUUUGGGGGGCGGUUUGUUUGUUUUGGUUUUUUUUUUUUCCCUUUAUUUGGAGGUGAGCCCGCCGGGUUUCGGGUUCCCCUGCAGCUGUCCGGGCCUCGAAUCCUCUUGGUUUGGGUGGUCGUAGCAUGGAAGUGUUUGAUGUUUGCGUGCCAUGAGGUUAUUAAUGUAGACUUGAACCCUAUUCUUUUAUAUGCGAUGGAUUUUUUUUUUUUUUUUUUUUUUUAAUUUUCUUUUUUCUUUUCUGUUGUCUGAAGUUUCAUUUCUGUCUGGCGCUCCUUUUCGGUUCAAUAAAGACGUGACUUUACCCUC